AUGGCGGCUGCGGCGCCUGUGUUCGAGACGGGUGUCGGGGGGAGAGGGAGAAAGGCCUCUCAAGACAAAGGCCACGGAAGCGGAGAAAGACGUGGUGCCGCAACAGGAGUCCUUUCCUCUGCUUCGCGAAAACCAGUUCCUUCCUCUGCCUGUUCUUCGUCGUCCGCCUCGCCCGUCGCGGCUCUCCCGCGCGACACCGCUAAGGAAGCUUCUCCUUCGUCCUGUCCCCCCUAUCUUCACGCGGCUUCUUUUCGGCCUGUUCCUGCGUCUUCUCCUCCGUCUUCGCCCUCUUCGUCUUCGCUCCAUCCCCGCCGCGCUCCGCAUGCAUCUGUCUCGGCUUCGCGCCGGCCGCCUUCGUUGGCGGAAGCCGCCCCGCCCCCCGCGGCACUCCGAACGUCUUCUCGCGGUCGCUCUUUGUCCUCCUGGGGCUCCAGCGGAGACACUUCGAGCCCGCGCUCCGUCAGCUCCUCGUCCACUCUCCGCGAAGACGCCGCUCCGCCUGUGCCUGCCGCUGCGCACGCGCUCGCCCCUCCGAGCUUCUACCGUCGAGCCUCGAGGGGGUUCGCCGCGGCCUUGCCUGCGUUUUCGUCUGCGCCGGCGCACCCGACAGGCUUCCACUUGGCGUCGCUGCCUUCGGGCUUCCUUUGGGGGCGGGUGCGCCUCGGCAGCUUGUACGUAGUCUACCGCAGCCCGUCGCCGGGAGGCCUCUUCUUGGUCGUCGGGCCUCACUGGCGGUUCUCCGUCGCCAUGCUCGGCCUGAUGGUGGCGGUCUGCUCCACGUUUCUCUUCGUCGUCGGCGAGCACGUUCAGACGACGAGUACUUUCCUUCUUGUGUGCGGCUGGCUUCUGUGCGCAGCGAGUUUUUUCUGCUUUCUCUGCACUGUUCUCAAAGAUCCAGGGAUUCCCUUCGAUGACGCUACCCCCCCGUACGCUCGCGCGUCGUCUGCUCGACCUGCGGCGGCUGGGAAUCUUGCCGCAGCGCGCCGCGAGGAAUCAGGAGGCGUGGAACUACUCUGCGUGAGGGGGGGAGAGAGAGGAGAGGACGGCUUCUGCGCGCGGGAAGGCAGAGGCGCAGCGAGACGCCAGGGGGAGAAAGAGCUGGAGACCGGGUGCACAGCGUCGCCAUCCUCGUCCUCUGCUCGUCUAGGCGGUCGCUCUUCGGUAGCCGACUUGUUUGAUUCGGAGAGUCGCCAUCCAUCAGCCAGCGCCGAGCUACCUGAGGCGCUGGAGGGCGGUCAACGCGUCUCGCCUGCCUCGCGGGCGGGCGCAUGCACGCCCGGCGACGUAGUGCCGAAAGUGGAAGAAGGCGAAAGCGGACUGAGAGUCUCACCCGCUGACGAUAAGAAGGAUGCGCAGGAAGCCGAACGGGUUCCUUCCUCGCGUUUCUUUUUCAAGGAGCCUUUGGUCGGCGCCUCGCCACGGGGAGGAAGCAGCGAGGGCGGAUCGUUUACCACUAGCCGAGGUGCGAGGGGGAGGGCGUACGCGGCCUCGCCUGGUAGCGAAACGUCCUCAAGCUGGGAGGCGACCGAAGAAGAAGCAGAGGUUACAGACACGGAGGCAGAAGAUAGCGACGAUAGAGGUGUUGAUGCCGAUGCUGGGUGCUGGCAAGCGAAUAGGCGAGGAGGGGGGAUGCACGCGUGGCUGUCAAAGAGCCAGAGAGUGAAGUGGACUCUGCGAAAGAAGAGACACAUUUUUCAAAGUCACCGUCGAGCAGGAGAGCACGUUCGCGACGGGUAUUCACGUGUCGGCCGCCGACGCGGAGUUUCUGACGAGUUCCACUCCGAAGAGACUUGCGGCUCUUCAGAGAUGCUGUCCUCGGAUGACGCGUCGGGAGAAGAGGCUUCCUCAGAUCCCUACGGAGACGUCGACCCCGCGACGGCUCCAGCGAGGGCUAGGGCCGUGCCUCUCGCUCCUUUCCAGCGGAGCAGGCAACUGCGGAUGCCGCUGGAGCGUCGUCGCCGCCGAGUGCCUGUACGUGCCUCGGCCUCUGGACACGCCCCCCUUGGUCCAGUGUGGUCGUCGUCACGGCUGUCCUCUUCAGUUCCUCGCUCGAGCGCUGCGCGCCGUCCGUUUUUCUGUCGCGUGUGCCAGAUCUAUCCUGCGCCGGGGUCUCUCCACUGCGACGACUGCCAAAUUUGCAUCGAGGGCUAUGACCAUCACUGUCCGUGGACAAGCAAGUGCGUCGGCCGCGGCAACUCGCUCGAGUUCCACCUCUGGGUGCUCUUUUCCCUGAUCACGAUCUUCUACUACGGACUGACCGCAGCCUUCAUCGGGAAAGACGACAUCGCCCGCCCUGACCGCGCGGCUGAGGUCGCCGACGUGCGCGCCGGAGGCCUCAGAGGAACGCCGCUGGGGCUUGAAGAGGCGCAACAAAGCGUGCGCGGAGAGACCUUCGGAAGCGACGAGCGGUGGCGAGCGGCCAGCGGAGACAAGAAAACCAGCAGCAGCUAG